AUGAUCGAGGGCAGCCAGGAGUACAACGAGAGCCUGGUGAAGAGACUGCACAAGGUAACGCACCUGGGCACACCUGGGGACAGCCCGCUGACGGGCAUGAUCGAGGGCAGCCAGGAGUACAACGAGAGCCUCGUCAAGAGACUGCACAAGGUAACGCACCUGGGCGCACCUGGGGACAGCCCGCUGACGGGCAUGAUCGAGGGCAGCCAGGAGUACAACGAGAGCCUCGUCAAGAGAUUGCAUAAGGUGUGUGUGCCCGCGCCGUUCCUGCUGCGCCGGCUCAAGGUGGACGUGGAGAAGCAGAUGCCCAAGAAGUACGAGCACGUGCUCAGGUGCCGCCUGUCCCCUUCAUGGGCCAGCCCUCUCCCCUUCUGCCCCGCCAGGUGUGUCCAGGUGUGCCCCGCAGCAGGUGGACCUGUCCCCGUUCGAGCUGGUGUCGCUGGAGGCGCACCUGUCGCGCUACGCGGCCGAUUGGUUCCUGCCGCUUCGGUCCCGGCGCCUCCUGGAGGACGUGGCCGCCGCCCCCGACCCCAGCCCCCAAACCUGCAUGAAGGUGAACAGGAUGCUGCAGCCGGUGCCGAAGGCGGAGCCUCGGGCGGUUCUGCUCCUCCCCGCCCCUCGCCCCGCCCCCGGGGGCGUGGCCUCGCCGAGCCCCGCCCCCUCCGCGCCAAGCCCCGCCCUCACCGCGCCAGCCCCGCCCCUUUGCUGGUACAAGCGCCGCCUCUCGUCACCCUAAGCCACGCCCCCAGCGCUGGCCCCGCCCCCUUGGUGACGACGCAAGGGGCGGGGCUUAACCUGGGGCUGGGAUUGGCGCUGGCCCCGCCCAGAGCCACGCCCACUCUGCUGGCUCCGCCCCCCGGAGGGCCCGCACAUGCUCUCCCGGCUGCUUCCUUGGCCACGCCCACUCCGGCGGGAGGCCCCGCCCCCGUGGCCACGCCCACCCCGAAUAUGGGCAAAGGGGCGGGGCCGGCCCCGCCCCCUCCCGUGGGGGGCGUGGCCACCUUCGCGCUGCCCCAGCGGCUCCUGCUGGCCCCGGACAUGCAGGCCCGGCUGCCCUCGGGAGAAGUCGUCAGCCUCGGCCAACUGGCCGCCCUGGCCCAGCACCGCCCCUCCCCGCCGGGGGGCGUGGCCAAAACCUCGCCCCUCCCACCUGCUGCCGUGGCCACGCCCCCCGCGGCCUCGGCCCCGCCCCCUCUGACGCUGCAGCUCCAGGGCAGCAAAGUCACGCUUGGCCCCGCCCCCCCAUUACGUCACCUGGCCUUGGCCCGGCCCCCCGGCCGGGGGCUCGCAC